AUGGAUACAACACCCAACAUUAAUCCUUGUACUUCUCAAGCUGUUCGUGUCGAACCACAGAGUAAUACAAAAGACUUUCAUCAAAAACUCCCUUGCAAGGGUCAUGCUUGUACACAUUGUGGUAAGUGUCGCGAUUGGUACUGGACUGCUAAUGACAGUUCUUGGAUUGGAGGAUAUAAAUAUUACAUGAAGCGUCCUGAUGCUACUUGCACAGGUUGUUAUGGUGGUAGAUAUGAUGAUCAAUAUGACUGUGAUUGUUGCUGUGGUGGUGGUUCCUAUUACCAUUAUUUUUGGGCUUGUUGUUGCUUUGGUCGUCAUUGUGAAUGUAAUGACAACCGUUUUCCGGUGUGA